AUGAAGAUGAGUUCUGUGUUUUUGGUCCUGGGCUUCGUCCUGAUCAUGGGGCUCUACUCAGACGCUCAGCCUGAAGGUGUUAAAAAUUUCACAGAGCCUACAGAAUGCUGUUCUGAGUUUUUCACUGGCAAAAUUCCUCCUGAAGAGAUCCUGAAUAUUACAAAGACAGAUUCACAGUGUCCACAGCAAGGCUUCAUUGUUACUACUCCUAAGUUCCCCAGACUGUGUGUUCAUGAAGUUCAGGGACGUGAGUUUAAUACACACAUUUGA